AGGGUAACAGGGCGAGACGGGUGUCAACACAAGUCUCCCCAACAAGUCUCUGCAGCCUCACUGGACCUUCAGGCUGUUUCUGGACAGACAGAAGGUUUUAAAAGAACAAACAAAUCGGCAACUGAAAAGUUGAAUUUGUUGCAGAGGAGAGAGGCUGUUUGGGGGAAAUCUGAGGGUUCCAGGCCCUCUGUGAGUGGAGUCCUGGCACUGGAGAUGAGAUCAGCGAUCAGGGACGAACACAGAAACAGUGCUGAGCAGGAACGAUGGCCGACUGGAACUUGCUGGCGAAGCUUCUGGAAAAGGCCCAGGAGCACUCGACAGUGGUGGGGAAGGUCUGGCUGACAGUCCUCUUCAUUUUUCGCAUCAUGAUUCUGGGCGCGGCUGCGGAGAAGGUGUGGGGCGACGAGAUGUCUGGCUUCACCUGCGACACCAAGCAGCCCGGUUGCCAGAACGUGUGCUACGACAAGACCUUCCCCAUCUCGCACAUCCGCUUCUGGGUGCUGCAGAUCAUCUUCGUCUCCACGCCUACGCUGAUCUACCUCGGCCACAUCCUCCACCUCGUGCGCAUGGAGGAGAAGGCGAAGCAGAAGGAGAAGGAGCAGGCUCAGCAUGGGAACGGCCACGCCCACCCGCUGCUGCCCAACGGCAAGCCCAAGAAGCCGUCGGUCCGGGACGACCAGGGCCAGAUCCGCCUGCAGGGGGUGCUGCUGCGCACCUACGUCUUCAACAUCAUCUUCAAGACCCUGUUCGAGGUGGCCUUCAUCGUGGGCCAGUACUUCCUCUACGGCUUCCAGCUGAAGCCGCUCUACACCUGCGACCGCUGGCCUUGCCCCAACAUGGUCAACUGCUACAUCUCGCGGCCCACGGAGAAGACCAUCUUCAUCAUCUUCAUGCUGACGGUGGCCUGCGUCUCGCUGCUGCUCAACCUCAUCGAGAUGUACCACCUGGGCUUCAAGAGGUGCCAGCAGGGCAUCCAGUACAGGCGCUCGAAGCUGGCCUACGAGGAGGGCUUCAAGCCGCCCAGCGAGGCCGCGGUGCCCUACGCGCCCGGCUACAACUUCUUCACCCAGCACCCCACCGGCCCGUUCCCGCACGACAUGCCUGCCCUGGGGGAGUCCGAAGUCCCGAUCAACCCGUACAGCACCAAGUCCGCGUACAAGCAGAACCGCGACAACUUUGCCGUGGAGCGGGGCGACAGGACCGAGGAGGUUUGCAACUCCAGGCCCGCCAGGGACUCGGGUUCGACCGGGGGCUCCGGCGAGGACUCUGCCGCUGGCUCCGCUCCUGGCUCCGUCCCCGGGUCUCCGGCGGAGAAGACGAGGAGGUACAGCCGAUCCAGCAGGCGCAGCAACAACAGGAGUAGAGAGGACGACCUGCGGGUCUGAGGAUGGACAGAAUGGGAGAUCUUUCCUUCAUUCCUUUCUUCCUGCCUGCCACUCGUUGGCUUUUUUCUGUGACAGACCCAUAUCGUGUGCUCUGGGCAGAGGGCGCUGUAUUGCUUAUGGCAGUUGCGACGGUAGUGCAGUGUUGGCCGAGGUUCUUCAUUACUGACGAUGUGGUCAGAGAGCACUGGUAGGCAGGGAACUUAACAGGCGUUUGGUUUCCAUGUGAACCUGUCAGUCUUUACUUUUGUGACGGGCUCUGUCUGACAUGUCGCCCACAGUGUUGUGCGACAAUGUGGUGGGCUUGUAGCUUGUGGAGGGUUGUACUUUUAGCGACACAUGUAAGAGUUACCUAGCCCAUGCUCUUGCGAGACAGAGCCACAGUAGAAACGUGUGAGA